UAUGACAAGGAGGUGCGUGCGACGCAGGAUCGUAUGAAGGAACUGGGACUGCUGUCUGCGGACAUGCUAGCGCUAGACGAGUGGGAGAUCCCACGCGACCACGUCGUCAUCAACCGUAAGCUGGGCGAGGGAGCGUUCGGCACCGUCUACGGGGGCGAGGCUUUCUUCGACCACAUCGGCUGGGUCGCGGUCGCCGUGAAGACGUUGAAGGUCGGCUCGACGAGCGAGGAGAAGGUGAGAGGGGGAGGCGCCGGGCGAGGGGAGGUGCCAGGGGAGGGGAG